GCUCGGAGCGGCGGGCGGCACGGACGCACCGGGACAGCUGGAGGCGGAGGCCGCGGACAUUUUGCUGCCCAGCCGAGCCGUGGCGCCGGGAGCCGAGACGACCUGUGGGUGAGGAAGCGGAGAACCCGGAGAGGCUGGAGAAGAAGUGGGGUAAGUCUGACCACAGAUAAAGGACCAAAAUGACUGACUCAAAAUAUUUCACCACGACCAAAAAAGGGGAGAUCUUCGAACUGAAGGCAGAGCUCAACAGUGACAAGAAGGAGAAGAAGAAGGAGGCGGUGAAGAAAGUGAUUGCAUCAAUGACUGUUGGCAAAGAUGUCAGUGCCCUCUUUCCUGAUGUGGUGAACUGUAUGCAGACAGACAACCUGGAGCUGAAGAAGCUGGUGUACCUGUACUUAAUGAACUAUGCCAAGAGUCAGCCCGAUAUGGCCAUCAUGGCCGUCAACACCUUUGUGAAGGACUGUGAGGACCCCAACCCCCUCAUCCGAGCCCUGGCUGUGCGAACCAUGGGCUGCAUCCGCGUUGACAAGAUCACAGAAUACUUGUGUGAGCCACUCCGGAAGUGCCUAAAGGAUGAGGACCCAUACGUGCGCAAGACGGCAGCCGUGUGUGUGGCCAAGCUCCACGAUAUCAACGCCCAGCUGGUAGAGGACCAGGGCUUUCUCGACACCCUGAAAGACCUCAUCUCUGACUCUAACCCCAUGGUAGUGGCAAAUGCAGUGGCUGCCCUCUCAGAGAUUGCUGAGUCUCACCCCAGCAGCAACCUGCUUGACCUGAACCCACAGUCCAUCAACAAGCUGCUGACAGCCCUGAAUGAGUGCACUGAGUGGGGCCAGAUCUUCAUCCUGGACUGCCUGGCCAACUAUGCACCCAAGGACGACCGGGAGGCCCAGAGCAUCUGUGAGCGAGUCACCCCUAGGCUUUCCCAUGCCAACUCCGCUGUGGUGCUGUCUGCUGUGAAGGUACUGAUGAAGUUCAUGGAGAUGUUGUCCAAGGACUUGGACUACUAUGGCACCCUGCUCAAGAAGCUGGCCCCGCCACUGGUCACGCUGCUGUCGGCUGAACCUGAGUUGCAAUACGUGGCGCUGCGCAACAUCAACCUCAUCGUGCAGAAAAGGCCUGAGAUCCUGAAGCAUGAGAUGAAGGUGUUCUUCGUGAAAUACAAUGACCCCAUCUACGUGAAGCUGGAGAAGCUGGACAUCAUGAUCCGUCUGGCCUCUCAGGCCAACAUCGCCCAGGUAUUGGCAGAGCUGAAAGAAUAUGCAACUGAGGUGGACGUGGACUUUGUGCGGAAGGCUGUUCGCGCCAUCGGCCGCUGUGCCAUCAAGGUGGAGCAAUCUGCAGAGCGCUGUGUGAGCACACUGCUGGAUCUCAUCCAGACCAAGGUCAACUACGUGGUCCAGGAAGCCAUCGUGGUCAUCAAGGACAUCUUCCGAAAGUACCCAAACAAGUAUGAGAGUGUUAUCGCCACACUGUGUGAGAAUCUGGACUCCCUAGAUGAGCCUGAGGCCCGGGCUGCCAUGAUUUGGAUUGUAGGCGAAUACGCUGAGCGAAUUGACAAUGCGGACGAGCUGCUAGAGAGCUUCCUCGAGGGCUUCCAUGACGAGAGCACCCAGGUCCAGUUGCAGCUGCUGACAGCUAUUGUGAAACUCUUUCUGAAGAAGCCAACGGAGACCCAGGAGCUGGUGCAGCAAGUCCUCAGCUUGGCCACUCAGGACUCAGACAACCCAGACCUGAGGGACCGGGGCUACAUCUACUGGCGCCUGCUCUCCACGGACCCUGUGGCCGCCAAGGAGGUGGUGUUGGCUGAGAAACCACUCAUCUCUGAAGAGACAGACCUCAUUGAGCCCACGCUGCUGGAUGAGCUCAUUUGCUACAUUGGCACACUGGCCUCUGUCUACCACAAGCCACCCAGUGCCUUUGUGGAGGGAGGCCGUGGCAUUGUACAUAAGAGCUUGCCACCCCGCACCGCCUCGAGUGAGAGUGCAGAGAGCCCUGAGACAGCCCCUGCUGGAGCGCCCUCUGGGGAACAGCCAGAUGUCAUCCCCAGCCAGGGCGACCUGCUGGGCGACCUGCUCAACCUGGACCUUGGGCCCCCAGUCAGUGGCCCUCCCCUGGCCGCCGCCUCUGUUCAGAUGGGAGCUGUGGACCUACUUGGAGGUGGUCUCGACAGCUUGAUGGGGGAUGAGCCUGAAGGGAUUGGGGGUUCCAACUUCACAGCACCCCCAGCAGCAGCAGUACCAGCCAACCUAGGAGCACCGAUGGGCAGUGGCCUGAGUGACCUCUUUGACCUGACCAGCGGCGUGGGCACCUUGUCAGGAUCAUACGUGGCCCCCAAAUCAGUUUGGCUUCCGGCCAUGAAGGCCAAGGGAUUGGAGAUCUCGGGCACCUUCACCCGCCAAGUGGGCUCCAUCUCCAUGGACCUACAGUUGACCAACAAGGCCCUGCAGGUCAUGACUGACUUUGCCAUCCAGUUCAAUCGCAAUAGCUUUGGCCUGGCUCCCGCCGCCCCCCUCCAGGUCCAUGCGCCACUCAGCCCCAACCAGACUGUGGAGAUCUCCUUGCCUCUCAGCACAGUGGGCUCAGUCAUGAAGAUGGAACCUCUGAACAACCUUCAGGUGGCUGUGAAGAAUAACAUUGACGUCUUCUACUUCAGCACCUUGUACCCACUGCACAUCCUCUUUGUGGAAGACGGGAAGAUGGACCGGCAGAUGUUCCUGGCCACGUGGAAGGACAUUCCCAAUGAAAAUGAAGCUCAGUUCCAGAUCAGAGACUGCCCCCUCAAUGCGGAGGCUGUGAGCAGCAGACUGCAGUGCAGCAACAUCUUCACGGUUGCCAAGAGGAACGUGGAGGGCCAGGACAUGCUGUACCAGUCCUUGAAGCUGACCAACGGCAUCUGGGUGCUGGCAGAGCUGCGCAUCCAGCCGGGCAGCCCCAGCUUCACGCUGUCCCUGAAGUGUCGAGCGCCAGAAGUGUCCCAGCAUGUGUACCAGGCCUAUGAGACCAUCCUCAAGAACUGAGGCCCCUGCCCGGCGCCUGCCCCCGCCUACUGCUUCCCCCACGAGGAGCCCCUGUGGGGUGGCAUCACCUCCUCCCCUGGGAGGGCCGGGCACGCUCUGAGCCACCGCCGGGGCUGCUGGUCCUGACUACAGGGCCCACGCGGGCCCUCCGGCCCAGCAGCACCCUUCCGGGAGUGAAAUCUCAGUGCACCUGUCACGGACUCCCCUCUCGCAUUGCUGCUGACAGUUAGGGUCAGGCGAGGAGGAACCAAAGGAGACAGAGCCGGAGCAGCAACAGAAGCUGGAGGGGAAACCCAGGGCGCCCCGUCUGGGAAGCCCCUCUGCUGCUCAGGCUCCCUUGGCUUGGUGUCAGUGGCCCUCCUCGAUGCCCCUCUUGUGGACUGGUCCUGGCCAGGCCUCCUGGAGCGCCCAUGGUCACCGGGGCCCAUGCUUCCAGGAGAGCUACUCUGUCAGGGGCUGGGUGUCCCAGGGCCUCGACCGCUAGCCUGCCUCCCCGCGCCCGCCAGGCUGCAGUCCUGCCAGCGGGCUGCGGCCCCCAAGCGCCGACUGGCCCAGGAGAGACGAGGCCGAAGCCCCCAGAGCCCCCGCCGGACUCCUCUCCCCUGACAGCUACACCCCCGUCCCCUCCUGCCCCUGAGGACCGUCACUGCCUGUGACAGUCCUGGUGUCCCCUGGGCUUCUGGAGCAGAGACCGGGCUGCGGGGUGGGCACGGGGCAAGUGGCUCUUCCCGCGUGGGGUUUCUUUGGGGUCUCUCCUUAGUGACUGCUGCCCUUCCCUGGCCCCCCAGUUUCAGUGUGUCUGACAGAGCAUUAGGUUUUCCUGUUACUGCUGUUUAAUAAUAAAGAAAGAUUCUGCUUUUGGCAGUCACGGGCACUUUUUUCCCCUCCACCAAAUGUCAGAAUUGGAAGCUGCUCCCGCGUGGCUGAGGAUGGUUUUCUGAGCCCUGCAGUAACUCUAAUAUAUAAAAAUAGAGCAUCUAUAUUGUAUGUUUACUCUUAUUUUCACAAAGAGAAAGUGAAUAAAAGCAAUGACAUCAAGUGUG